GAACAUACUUUGCUGGGCAUCUUUUGAAAAAGUGUGACAAAUGUGUUGAACAGCUGCGAGUAACUGGUCUCUCUGUCUGACUGGACAACAGCAAAACAAAAACAAUGAAAGAAAGCUUGCUUCAGGCCUUUUGCAUGAUAGGAGUCACCUUGGGGCUAGGCUUGGGGUUUCUGCUGAGGGCCGUAGUUCCUAUUACUGAUGAAAUAAAAGACUGGAUCAAAAUACCAGGGGAUAUGCUUCUACAAAUGCUCCAGAUGUUUGGUCUCCCCCUCAUCGUGACAAGCGUGGUUGCAGGAGUAACUGGAUUAAACACCACAGUGUCCCGGAAAUCAGCUUUCAUCACAGGAGGCUUCAUCUGCGGCUCCACCUUAAUAGCCGUAAUUCUUGCAACGUUUCUGACUCUCACAAUCCAACCUGGUGCUGGAGAACACGAAGUACACAUUGGAGAAGAGAGUCAGGCAAGCUACGUCUUGCACGUGAUCUUGCAGGACCUUAUAAGGAAUAUGGUCCCAGAGAGCUUCUUUCAGGCUUUCUAUGAGCAGUACAAGACUGAGAUUGUUCACGUUAAAAAAAUAAAACCUGGCCCAAUACGUGAGCUAAACACAAAUGACACUGAGACGAAACUAAUAGGCGGGUAUGUCGAUGGACCCAACAUGAUAGGACUGGUCAUCUGGUCAUUCACCAUCGGCAUCUUGUUAAACAGGAUUGGACCAAUGGCAAAAACAACUUUGGAGGCCAUUCAAUGUCUCAAUGAUGCCGUAAAAAUCAUGGUCAACUGGAUCUUGUGGUAUUUGCCAGUCGGAGUUCUGUUCCUGAUCACAGAACAUGUGUUGGAUGUGCAUGACUGGGGCGCUGUCCUUAAGCUCACAAAGUUUGUCGGAGUGGUUAUGGCAGGGCAAGCAAUCCAAGCCAUCCUUGUUUUCCCCAUGUUUUACGUCAUUCUCACCAGAAAGAACCCUCUUCAUAUCUUCAGGAAUAUCACUAGGGCUUUGACGACAGCAUUUAUCAUCGCGUCCAGCGCCGCCGCUCUGCCUAUCACCUUGCAAUGCUGUGAAGUGAACUUGAAGGUCGAUAAGAAACUCUGCCGACUUAUGUUGCCCAUUCUCACCAGCAUCAAUAGGACUGCGACGGCAUUCUAUGAAGUGUCCGCUGCCAUCUUUAUUGCCCAGCUUCAUGAUAUAAUGCUGGAUGUCGGCCAGCUGAUCGCCAUUGGCUUGUGUAGUUCCAUUGUCGCCUUUGGAUCUGCAGGGAUCCCAACAACAGGAGCUGUGACCACUAUCCUGAUUCUAAAAGUUGUGGGACUGCCUGCAGAGAAUGCUGCCCUUCUCAUUGGGGUGGAGUGGAUUCUAGACCAUUUCAUUACCGUGGUGAAUGUGCUGGUAAAUGUCUUUGGUGUUGUUAUCACCAAUCAUGUGUGGCAUGAUGACCUAGUAAGCCUGGAACACGUACCAAGCAUUGAUAGGGUUCGUUCCAUCACGGACAUCGAACUGGACUUAUCCUUUUUGGACUCUGAUGAAGAGUUCGUCUCCUCCAUCCCUUCCUCCAUCUCAAGUUCCAUUUCACCUACGAGAGGGCAUCAUCUCAAAAGCAUAGUGACGCCAGCAAGCUGAAACCUCAGGAUAGGAAUGUUAUCAUCCUGGGGUGUUUGAGCUGAUCAUUUCCUUGUUUGCCUAUGUUUUUGUUAGGAGGAAGAUGCCAUAUCAGUUUAUUCAUGUGUUGUUGUUUUUUUUGUUGCAAAUAUGAAAUGAUCUACUCAUAUCUCCAUAUUUUAUUUAGUUAGUAAGUAUAACUAUUGUUAUGUG